AUGCGACGUAGUUUAGCCCCGAGCCAAAUCGGCUCUAGUGACAAUGUGUUUAAGAGCCCGCUGCUGAAUUCUAUUAAACGCAAAAAGCGGGAAUGUACGAAGAUACCACUAGCUCAAAAAUCUCCUUCGCAAUGUUUGUCCGCAACAGACCAUGAGAUACUUAUACGACAGAUUCUAAAUAAACCGUUCAAGGUACCAAUUCCUAAUUAUGUUUCGUCGUAUUGUGGUAAAAGUUUAGGGUUAAAAAGAACUCAAGUUCGGCGCGCACUUCAUGAUCCCGAUGAACCCAAUGCUUUGGUUUUAUUUCGCCCGCCAUACAUUCCCGAACAUGAGAAAAUGAAAAUGAAUGCUAAUGAUAUUCAAGUUGCUGUCGUAGUUGACCCUGUACUUGGAAAUAUACUCAGACCACAUCAGAGAGAAGGUGUCAAGUUUAUGUACGAUUGUGUAACUGGGAAACAAAUAGAGAAUGCUUUUGGAUGCAUUAUGGCUGACGAAAUGGGCUUGGGCAAAACAUUACAAUGUAUAACAUUAUUGUGGACACUACUCAGACAAAGUCCUUAUUGUAAACCGACAAUAACUAAAGCUAUUAUAGUGUGCCCAAGUAGCUUGGUAAAGAAUUGGUACAAUGAAAUAGCAAAGUGGCUUGGUCAAAGAAUAAAUGCACUACCGAUGGAUGGGGGCAGUAAAGCUGAUAUAACAUUAAAACUGCAGCAGUUUAUGAACACUUUUACAGCAACUCGAGUUGCAACACCUGUGUUAAUUAUCUCAUAUGAGACAUUUAGGAUUUACUCAAAUAUUUUACAUUCAUCAGAAGUGGGGUUGGUGCUAUGUGAUGAAGGUCAUAGAUUGAAGAAUAGUGAAAAUCAAACAUACCAAGCUUUGAUGGGUUUGAAGGCAAAAAGAAGGAUUCUUAUAUCUGGUACACCAAUACAAAAUGAUCUAACAGAAUACUUCAGUUUAGUGCAUUUUGUAAAUGAAGGAAUUUUAGGAACUGCACAAGAAUUCAAGAAAAAAUAUGAGAAUCCUAUUCUCAAGGGUCAAGAUGCCUUAGCCACUCCUCAAGAAAGGGAGAAAGCUCAGGAAUGCUUGCAAAUAUUAACCUCAAUAGUUAAUAAGUGUAUGAUACGUAGAACAAGUAAUUUACUCACUAAAUAUCUACCAGUCAAGUUUGAGCAAGUUAUUUGUGUCAAAAUGACACCACUCCAAACACAAAUAUACAAGAAUUUCAUUAAUUCUGAUACAAUUCGUAAUAAAUUUUCUGGCAAUGGUGACAAAAACACUCUGAGUGCUUUAUCUUGUAUUACCACACUGAAAAAGCUCUGCAAUCAUCCAGAUUUAGUGUAUGAUAAGAUAAUAGAAAGAUCUGAAGGCUUUGAAAAGGCUAGGGACUUACUGCCAAGUAAUUAUGAUAUAAAGGAUGUGAAACCCGAAUACUCUGGCAAGCUGAUGAUCUUAGAUUGCAUUUUAGCAAAUUUAAAGACCAACACCGACGAUAAAAUUGUUCUGGUAUCGAACUAUACACAAACACUUGAUCUUUUUGAAAAGCUGUGUCGUAAAAGAUGCUACCAAUAUGUUAGGCUAGAUGGAUCAAUGACAAUAAAGAAAAGAGCUAAAGUUGUAGAAAGUUUCAAUGACAAAGACUCAAAGGAAUGGAUUUUUAUGCUUAGUUCAAAAGCAGGUGGGUGUGGCUUAAAUCUUAUUGGAGCCAACCGUUUGAUCAUGUUUGAUCCAGAUUGGAAUCCUGCUAAUGAUGACCAGGCCAUGGCCAGGGUAUGGCGAGAUGGACAGAAGAAGCCAUGCUAUAUAUACAGAUUAUUAGCAACAGGAACAAUUGAGGAAAAGAUUUUCCAGCGUCAAGCUCAUAAAAAGGCAUUAAGUGAUACUGUUGUUGAUCAAAAUGAGGAGUCCUUUAGACAUUUUACUUCAGAAGAUCUGAAAGAUUUGUUCCGUUUGGAGGAGAAUACACUAUCCGACACGCAUAGUAAGUUUAAGUGCAGAAGAUGUGUAAACAAUAUCCAAGUAACAUUACCACCUGAAAAUUCUGACUGCACUUCCGAUCUGUCUAACUGGUAUCAUUGUGCUGAUAAGAAAAGCUUAGCUGAUCUUGUUCUCAAACAAUGCUGGGACCUUGCCAAGAGUAUAUCAUUUGUUUUCCAUCAUCGCUCUGCAGAAACUGAAGCCAAGUUGGAAGAGAAAGAAGAGAACAAAGAGAAUAUACAAGAAAGAAAGAGAAGGAAGAUUGAAAUUGAUGAAGAUUAUUCUGAGCCAGAUGACAGUGCGGAUGAAGAUUAUGAGUGA